AUGCCCGCGCCCGGCGCCCCGCUCGCCAUGGCCGAGGGAGCCUUCUCGCUGUCCGCUCAGGCGGCGCGGAGCCCCGGGGGGAACCCGUCGAGGCUGCACAGCAUCGAGGCCAUCCUGGGGUUCACCAAGGAAGACGGCCUGCUGGGUCCCUUCCUGCCCGACGGCAGCGCCGGCAGCGCUAAGGACGCGGACAGACGGGCUCCGCGGCACUGCCUCGCCAAGAUGCCCGGGGAGCCGCCGCCGGCCGAGCCCCAGGGCCGCGCCGAGCGCUUCCAAGAGCCGUUCUGUCCCAGCAGCGCCAGCCCCGAGCUGCCUGCCGGCAGCAGCGGCGAGGCGAAGCCGUCGGACGAGGAGCAACCCAAGAAGAAGCACCGUCGGAACCGCACCACUUUCACCACAUACCAGCUCCACGAGCUGGAGCGCGCCUUCGAGAAGUCCCACUACCCCGACGUGUACAGCCGCGAGGAGCUGGCCAUGAAGGUCAACCUGCCCGAAGUUCGCGUGCAGGUGUGGUUUCAAAACAGACGGGCCAAGUGGAGGCGUCAGGAGAAGCUGGAGGUGACCUCCAUGAAGCUGCAGGACUCGCCCAUCCUCUCCUUCAGCCGCUCGCCACAGGCAGCGCCCAUGGGUCCUCUCAGCAGCAACCUGCCGCUGGAGUCGUGGCUCAGCCCGCCGGUGCCCAGCAGCACGGCCCUGCAGACGCUGCCCAGCUUCGUGGCCUCGCCACAGAGCCUUCCUGGCAGCUACACGCCGCCGCCCUUCCUGAACUCUCCGGUGGUGACCCACGCGCUGCAGCCGCUGGGGGCCAUGGGGCCGCCGCCGCCCUACCAGUGCGGAGCCGCCUUUGUGGACAAGUUCCCCUUGGACGAGGCAGAUCCCCGCAACACCAGCAUUGCCGCCCUGCGGAUGAAAGCCAAGGAGCACAUCCAGUCCAUCGGCAAACCCUGGCAGACAAUCUGA